UCCGUCUACGAAAGAGUUGACUGAAAAACCGGGACUUUUUAAUCAAGAACUUGCUGCGGAAAUUGAACUCAGCUAUGAAAAGUGAUAUUUAGGCACAAACUGCAAUUAGGGAGAGAAAGGAAGGUGCGCUGCGGCCAUAUUGGAGCUAAAUAUAAUGCUCUGUGACACGGAGGACAGUGAGGAAAACCCUGACAGCAGUCAGCACAGGGCUCUGGGUGAUAUUCCUCCUUCAUUGGUUCGCUACUUUGAGACCUCAAAAAGCCGAGCAGCAGCCUGUGAGAAACUGAUCUUGGAGGAACAUGAAGAGUUCAAAGAUGGUUUGAUGCAACUGACAAUUGAAAUAAAUGAAGGCGUCUGGAAAUCAAAGGAAAAGAUUCCCAGUGUGUCUGUUGAUGACAAGAAUGACUCUAAGAAUGACGAUGGGAAUACGGAGAAAGAGAACAAUCGUACUUUGGACAUAGGUGACCAUCAGACACAGCCUGAGAAACCUCAGCAUGAGCAGAAAACAGAGGCAAGACAGCAGAGAGAGAUGGACUUCCAGGAAAAGCUGAACAGGAUCACAGAGGCAGAAAAGCUUCAACAGACGGAGCUUGAGCUCAGAAAGAGAAACGCCCAGGAGAAACUGGAACAGGAGCUUCUGCUCCGGCAGGAGCUGAUUGGUGACUUUAAAAAGCAAGUGGAGCAGGAGAGGGUGAUGAUUGAAGAGGAGAAAAGGAGGAGAAAAAUGGAGCAAGAAAGCCAGAUAAAGGAGAAGACAGAGAGAAGGAUAAACAGUGGGACAAAUGGAGCAGAAGAUGAUGAAAUGAAAGCUGACAAAGAAGAACAGAUAGAAGUUCUAGAAAAGGGAGAAGAAGAAGAAGGUAGAGGAGCCAUGAAGGGAAAGAAAGAAGCAAAAAAACUGGUUAAGCUGAUAGACCGGAAUGAUCCGAACAAGAAGAAGAAAGAAAAUGACAGUGCAGAGUCUCCACAGAACUCAGACAAAACUGAGUAUCGGACCCCCUUGGUGUCCGUUCCAUCCCUCAUUGAGGCCACAACAAGCCUCAGCAUCUGUGAGACUUCACAGCAUCAUCGUCCAGGAAGAAACAUGGCUGACACCUCCACAAACGCACUGGAUUCAGAGUCAAAGCAGUCCACCCCCAUUCCUGCGUCCCUUCAUGAGCACACGGAGCAGAAGAUGUUGUAUUGGAAGGAAUACUGCACGCCCUGGUCCAAACUGUCCCUCCAGAACAAGAAGAAGCAGAAGGGUUGCGUCCAGAGCCAGAGGAGGCCCAGGAGGGCAGCUGGCGUUAGCAGUCUGCCCCCUCUUUACCCAAAGACUCUGCUGGAGUCCACAGGCAGAAGAUCCCUGCAGGAGGUCACCACGGCCACAUUAGAAGACCUGCCGGCCUGCAGCCUGUCCACCAUCGCCCAGUGUAAUCGACUGCAGUCCCUCACCCUCAGACACUGUGGCCUCCAGUCUCUGGAAGGCAUCAGCCAGUUGCAGCAGCUCUGCUACAUUGAUUUGAGGGAAAACGACAUAUCGUUUCUGGAUUGCGAAAAUAUGAGCAGUUUGAGGAUUCUUCGACUCGCUCAUAACAAGCUGACGUCCAUCCACGGUUUAAGAGGCGCUGAUAGUUUGGACUUUCUUGACCUUUCUCAUAACUCAAUCACUCGCAUUGCUGGUCUGGAGUCUGCAAGGCGACUGCAGAGGCUCUCUGUGGAUCACAACCAGCUGAUUAGCACCAAAGGGCUGAGGGAGGUUUACACUCUGCUCCACCUGGACUGCUCUCACAACCAUCUGACAAAGGUUGAGGGUCUGGAGAACAGUGCUCUUCUACAUACUCUGGAUCUAAGAUCCAACAACCUUACUGAGGCCCCCAGUCUUAACAAUCAAGUUCUACUUAGAGAGCUGCUGUUGGACGAUAACAACGUCUCCUCUCUGCAAGGCCUCGCCGCCUGCUGGCUUCCCCUUCUGGAACAUCUUGCUGUCUCACAAAACAGGAUAACCCAGCUGCCCUCCAUGAUUGACUUGGUAUCUCUGAAAAAUCUGGAUCUGAGCUUCAACUGCCUGGCAGAGCUGCAAAAUGUUUGUGAAAAUGUGGAGGGAUGUCUGUUUCUUCAAGAGGUCCAUCUGACAGGGAAUCCUCUGCAGCAGGAGAGAGAUUGGAGAUCCAAACUGCAGAAAGCAGUGCCUGGCUUAAGGCCUGAUGACAGCCAGCAGACAGACUCCUUUCUCUCUCCUCUGGCUUCCCGACAGCUCAGCUUGGCCCCACACAGCUUCCUUACGCUCUGUCAAAAGCAGCUAAAGCAAACUCGGGAUUUACAACAGCGUCUCAGCAGGAAAGUCGGAAAUGCCUCAUUGUCUCUGGAUGCUGUGAAGAGCUGCUGCCAUUACUUUACUCUGGCUUUGCAACUCGCUGAGGAUCAGAGAUUCGCCCAUGAACAUGAUGUCACUGCUAUGUCUGCGGAACACAUGGAUGAGGGCCAAACAAUGUCUGAAAAAACACUGCACAUGAGUAGAAGUUUAGGAAAGCUCACAGAUUCCCCGAAAACUGAGUCAGCUUUCAGGAGACCUCCAGACAACCCGAGCAGGGAGAAGGACGGACAUAUUCACUAUCACUCUGAGGACAAACCAAAUGAAAACAGCCAACAAGAAACAUUUGGAGGUGUUAAAACUGGUCAGAGGUCAAACUUCACCAAAGGUUUUACUCUCUUUCCGUCUUCGAAAGAAGAACAAACCUCCAACAGUUUGGACGAAGAAUUGGACAAGUUGCACAUUAAAAACACAGCAGCCAUCGUGCUCCAGAGGAUGUGGAGAAAGUACAAGCAGAAAUGCAGACGUGCUAAGGCCUCGUUAAUCGCAGACUCAGAGGGAGAAAAUAAGCUUUCCAUUGCUAACAGAAGCACCUCUGCUGAAGAACAUGCAGCUAUUAUCAUACAGGCGUUUUGGAGGGGCUUUGCCCUGAGGAGGAGGCUUGCUUCUGCGCUCACUGCUUUCACUGGCGCUGAAACCGGAGAGGAGGACGCCUUCGAGGAGGUGGAUGUGCAGGAAUUUGUCGUGGAGGAGCAAGCACUGGAAAAGCACUGGACUCUCACCUUUUCCGAUGAUUUGCCUCCCAUGGAUUAUCCAGUGACAGAGCUCCACUUACCUCCACAGUCCCGGGUGGUGCUCCAACCGAAGCAGGCCUGGGUGGCUGAGGAGCAACCAGACUUUAUGGCAGAGAGAUGUUCAGCAGAAACUCCCAGCAUAAGCCGUUCCUCUGUUUCAACCUUGGUCCAUAGCGACCUCUCUGAAAGAUCAGAAAAAAUUAUACAAGAAUGGGGCUUCACCAACAGCCGCACAGCUCUGCUUAUGCUGAAGAGAGCUGAGAAGAUGAAGGCCACCAAACACAAGCAGAAAAAACUUGGAAAUCCCUCUGUAAGGGUUGCUUUCAGAGACUCCAAUUACCGAAUAAGCCCGGCGGAGGCGAGGAACAGGCCUACACAACACAGCAGAUUUUGUUUGAAAGUCGGAGAGGCCCAGAUUGGUCAUCCGCAGGCGGAGCGAACAGAGAGGAUGAGGAGGCAACAGGCUGAGGAGGAGCUGAAGGCGCCGGCUGUUUCUCCUGUGCGGUGCUCACAGAGGUGA